CGCGGUAAUUUGCUGACGUCAGCACCCCCAGCGUUUCCGCUGUGGCUGCAUGCUUAAUUAUUAACCGCAUUACAUUACUAUCACCAUCAGGCGUUAUUUAUUUCUGACCCGGACAAAGCUCAGGUGGCACAACAACAGAAACGUUAAUUGUAAAAAAAAAACAAAAAUUACAAAGGUGUUUAUUUUUUCCGUAAACCCCGAGCAUUCAGGUAGCUGGUGCGUCGCGGCGGUUCGGCCCGGUCUGAGCGGCACAUCUCCCGCCUGGGGUUUCAGGCGAGACUGGUAAAAGCCUGCGGCCUAGGUCGCGUUUCGGUCUUCGUUGACCCCGAGGGCCCGCCGCUGCCCUUUGUGGCACGGUAACCCCUGGUUAAUGUCCCGUCGCCGUAACCCUGUAAAGAGAUAUCUUAACAGAUCAACGAAAGUUUAGCCGUGAGCAACUUUGGCGCUGUUUGUCGGCGGACACAAUGGUAAUGGAAUGGAGACCCUCCUAACGCCCAGCCACACGCCAGCCAUGGAGGACGAUGACUUCCACUUCGCCGGGCAACGCGGGGGCAGCGCGCGUCACGAGCCCAUGGUAGAGCUGUGCAACAGUGGCGAUAGUGGUACUAAUGUUGUCUCUAACUGUCUGUUUGGUCACACUGCCGUGAGCACGACAAAGGAACCCAAGGGGAAGAGUGGUGCGUAUUUGGAGGUGGAUGGAAUGUUUUUGGAGAAGUCGGGGUCUGCGUCGAUGUCCCUGAAAAAGCUGGCAGAGCGGCAUCUUGCUGAAGCCAGAAACACAGAAAAUUUGCUUUCAAACACAGUUUAUCAAACUAUGGCGGGCAUCAUAGAUAAUUGCGAAGUAAAGAAUCCCUUGAAAGCUGGUGCUUUGCCUGUAGAAGAACCUGCCCAGAGGUAUUGCAGAUCUACACGUGGGUUCUGGGACAUCUUUAAUGAGGUAACUGGUGCCUGUGCGACAAGACCAAGCUCGCUAUUGGACAGCGAAAGAACAGCAGGUGGAUCUGAUAACUCAAGAACAAAUACUGCUGGCAUGUCAGAAGAUGGCACACAUAGUGAUUCUGUAGAGCAUCAAAGAGGAAUCUCGAAGGAAAAAUGCUUGCUUGAAACUGCUCUAUCUGCAUUACAGAGCGACAGUGACUGUAGCCCCAUGGGGAAACAAGAACAUUUUAUUUAUAACCUACUGGCAAAACUUGAAGCAGAAGCACGUUUGAACAUCUCCAAAAAACUCAGUGGUGAUGGGUGCAAUGAUGGCAAACAUAAUGUUUUAAGUAGCAAACUUCAUCACGCACCAAAAACUGUACAUGAACCAAUUAAGGAAAUCCUGUCCUCAGAAAUGCGGUUACCACGGAAAAUGAGUCCCCCACAUGAUGAGUAUACUGAUGAAUCCAUAAAGGCGAAGCUCACAGGUUUCUCAGACGCCACAUUUCCGCCAGUCAUACACAAGAAGAAGGGAUGGAGGCAGUUUGCUGGAAGGAGAAUGGGUUCAAAUGCACUGCGCUGCAAAGAGGCAUCCCACUCAUCGCCUCCACAUUCCGACUUUAAGCUGCAGGACACCAGCGAAGCAAUGACUCCCAGAAGCCUGACUCCAGAGAUUACUGCUGCCCCACUCAAAACCCCCAGCCUCAAGCCUGAGAACAGGUCCGUGUUUCUGAGCGAGCAACUGGAUCAGUACCUGGAGGUGGAGUGCUCUGACAUUUGUGUGGAGCCUCCCCCCCUCCGCUCGCUCGAGGCCACAGUGGCCACCGUCCCAUUCAGGCUGCCACACAAAGCGGGUCACAGCUACAUUCGGCGGUUCGAGUAUGUUCAGCAGAGGCAGCGUCGACUCAGGCAGCAGCUCGUGGAGACCGAGGCGAGCAGAUCAGUCACCGCACAGUUGGCGAGUCCAGGCACACCUUCACACACGUUCCCGGGUUGCCCUAAACAAAGUAACACUGAAGAACGUGACAGGCACUGUGCAAAACGCUUAGCUGUGGACAGCAUUAAUGCGGAGGCUGAAACUGCGCCUCAAGCUUGGAUCUCGCCUACAGCCAGAACAUCUUGUGAUCGCCAGAAUGCCAGUGCAGAUGUCAACACGUCGAACAGCAAGGUUAAAGCUGGGCUCGGUGCGACGCCGAAACGGGAGAAGAUCUGUACUGUGGAGGCCUGGGAUGUGCCCGUGCGGCAGAAAUGUGACAAUUUGGUACCGAGCUUCCCUGGGCCGAUACUGGCCCUCGAGAAGAUUGGGCGGACUGUGUACAGGAACACGGCUUGUCUUGGGCAGAACUACAUUACGUGGACGUGCGCCGAAGCCAUCAAGGAGAGCGAUUGCACCAUGGAGUGGUUGGAACAGAGGUCGCUAGACGCUGGCCUUCCCAAGACCGCCAUCACCAAGACAAGGGCCAUGAUCGCAAGUUCUGCGCUCACCACACAGAUGAUACUCAAUGCCGGGACGUUUCCGUUCCGUAAAAUGCAAAGGCGCAUCAUGACAAGGGAGUACCAAAAGGCUCUGCUGGUUCCAGAAGUGAAGGUGGAAAAGUCAGAUUUGAACUCAAAGCCCCGGAGCCUCGUGAGUGAUGUGUGCAGCAGACGUAAGCGGAGGGUGCUUAUGAGACGUCCAGGCUUGGUGGACAGCAGCACGGAGGCGGAAGCGAGCGGAGAAGAUAUGGACAAUGAUGUGUGUUACGAGAAGGAAGAUGACGACUUCCUUGACUCGGAUUCUGACGUUGGCAUUGGAUUUAAUGGAAAAGAUUCUGAAGAUUCCAGCAUAGAAUUUCGUCGAUAUACCAAGUGCAACCGCAGACGUCUUGCAAACGUUAAACGGGAAGACAGGCGGAGAAAGCAAAUGUCUGGCUCGUCAGUCGCAGGGAGGAGGAAUGCGAGAUCCGCAGCCUCGACAAGACGCAGCCUACGCUUACGGGCGAUCAAGAAGAAACAGUGCAGCAAACCAGUGGCUGCUCUGAAAGCGAGUGACGAUGAACAUGGGGGGGCGGUCAAAGCGAACGCCAUCAGUGCCGAGCCAGGAGUGUCCCAAGUGGCCAUUUCCAUCACACGCGCUUGCCGCAGGAAGUUGCAGAAAGAGACACCGGCGUGCUCCCGCAAGAGCAUGGUGGUGCACUUGCAAAGCCACUGUGACUGGAGCAGCCAGCGCUCCACUGUGUACAGCUACAUCUCGCGCCACGUGAGCGAGGCCCGGGGCUCGGGCGUCUUCCUCGUCGCUGGAUUUCUCGUCAACAUCCAGCGGUGCAAAGAAGGGACUCGGGAUGAUGCCGGCCCCGUCGACUACAAAAUGAAAAUCUAUCAGUUUUCUACUAACUCUGUUGUGCGGCCAGAGUCUACCCCCACACAGGCUGUCGCUCCGUCGGCUGCAUCACGGCCAGUGGAACACAAGCGAACAUCCGAAACGGAGCCAGUUCUUCUGAAGUUACAAAGGAAGCUGUCUGGGGAAUCAGAACGGUGGACUGUGGUAGACACCACACCACCUCCGCCCAGAUCCAGCCCUGACCUGCUUCCAUCAGUGGCUCCACGUGCACCGUCGAAACAACAGCGCACCACUGCCGGCGGUGGUCGUAAUGCGGCCGAGGCAUCAACGUCACCCUCGUCACCAGAUCAAGUCGAUGAUGCAGAUUUAGAGAGGAGAUGGGCGGAAAUAGAAGACGAGAUCACAGAGGUGGUGGUAGGCGAUACAGCAAGCGGCGAUUUGGCCUCGGAGAACAGCGGUGGCAGUGCUGAAUGUGGCAUGGUCCAAACAAGGAAGUAUCCCGCAGACGAUGAAGUUAUCGUGCUGGACUCAUCGGAUGACGACGUCAUAGAGGUCUUCGUGUUGGACGACGACGAUUAAAAGCGUAAAGGGCUGUAACGGGGUAGACCGCUUGAUGUUUCCAUU